AUGGCUGACAGGCUUACGCAGUUACAAGAUGCUGUAAAUCAUAUGGGCGAACAUUUCUGUAACAGUACCGGUAUUCUUCAACAGUUCGCCCCGCCGUCUCCAUUUCAAACAUUCGAUAAACAAGGAAGGAAAUCUCCAGUAUCUCCCCCUUCUGAGGACUAUGCAGCAAUGUUUUCCAAACUUAUUGCCAGAACUGCGAAAGAUAUUGAUGUGUUAAUUGAUUCAUUACCAAGCAUUGAGUCAUCACAAGACCUUCAGUUGAAAAGUUUGCAUGCGCUGGAAGUUGAGAAUCAGGAAUCGGCCGACAGACUGGAAGCCAUAGUGAAGCAGGGUGAGGACUUACUGCUGAAAAUACAGGAAGCCCAGCAUGACAUUGCCCAAGUACAGCUGCAGUGUCAGGCGCUGAUGGGAAACACAACUUGA